AUGUCAAAAUCUGCUACUUCUUCAGCUUCUCAUCCUAGAGGGAGAGUAUAUUCCUUGGCAGAAGUAUCAAGACAUAUAACCCGAUCAUCGACACUCGUCACCUAUGCUGGAAAAGUGUAUGAUCUCACUGCUUUCCUCCCAGAUCACCCGGGAGGAGAUGAUAUCAUCUUGGAAUAUGGUGGAAGGGAUAUAGGUCAGGUCAUGUCGGAUGAGACUCAACAUGUACAUAGUAAAGCUGCGUAUGAGAUGAUGGAGGAAUUUAGGGUCGGGGAAUUAGGUGGUGGAGAGAAGAUCGUCAGUGAGGAUUGGGUAGCAGAUGAAAAUUUCCAUCCAGACGAGACUGAUCUCCUAUCCGAUUUCAAUACCAACAAAUUCAUCGACCUUUCCAAACCUUUGUUAAUGCAAGUUUGGACUGCCCCUUGGACGAAGGAAUAUUACCUUUCUCAAGUUCACGAACCACGACAUCUGAAGGAGUCCGCUAGGAUGUUUGGCAGCGAUCUGCUGGAACCCUUCACGAGGACUCAGUGGUACGUCGUACCGCUCGUUUGGUGGCCAAUCGCGGCGUUUUUGGGGGUAUUGAGUGUUGGGCAAUUCAAUGAUCCCUCCCUCUCCGCCAAACAACUCUUACAAUUCCCACCCAACUUCUCAGUCCUGCCCACAGCCACCUUGUUCUCCCUCUCAUCAUGGUUCACAUGUUUCGCCGUCGGUGUCGUCAUUUGGACUAUCCUCGAAUAUCUCCUUCAUCGAUUCCUGUUCCAUUUGGAUUAUUACCUUCCCGACGCACCUUGGGCAAUCACCUUGCAUUUCCUCUUACAUGGUGUUCACCAUUACUUACCGAUGGAUAGGUUGAGAUUGGUCAUGCCACCUUUACUGUUCUUCGUACUUCAGACCCCCUUCACUCGACUUGCUCAUCUGCUAUUCCCUAAGGCUAUUGCCAAUGGGAUUAUCAGUGGGAGUUUCGCAAUGUACGUCAUGUAUGACAUGGGACACUACGCUCUUCAUCAUACCAAAUUACCUGCCUAUCUGGCUGAGAUGAAACGAUAUCACCUUGCUCAUCAUUACAAGAACUUUGAACUCGGUUUUGGCGUCACUUCAAAAGUGUGGGACUACGUGUUUGGUACCAUGUUGGUGACCAACACGAAGUAA